AUGGCUCUGCUAGAGACCGGCAAGUACUCGCAGGGCUCGGUCCUCGGCAGCGUGAAUCCCGACCUCGCUAGCGAGAGGCAAACGGCCUCCUUCAGCGUGGAAAAGCUCACAGCCUGGCUGGAUGGCGGUGCGGAGCACACUCGGAUGCGCAGGGCGGUGGUCGAAGCCAUCGAACGUGACCCUGUAUUUAGCAGAGAAAACCAGUACUUCCAGAGCCAGAAUGAGAGGUACGAAGCAGCAGUCAGAAAGGCUGUUCAUCUCCAGAAAAAGAUGCACGAGAUGGGAUGGAAUGAGAAUGGACCUGAAUUUAAGUACAUUUACAGGGCAGUGUCAGGAGACAUUGCGUUUCUCCUUCACCGCGUCUUCAUGAGAAGUAUUUCAGUGCUGGGCUCCGACAAACAGAUCGCCAAAUGGAUGCCUCUCGCCACUCAGUAUCAGCUCAUUGGCAGUUAUGCCCAGACCGAACUGGGGCACGGAACUUAUCUUCAGGGUUUGGAAACAACAGCAGUCUUUGAUAUCACUACACAGGAGUUUAUACUGAACACGCCAAAGAUCUCUGCCAUGAAGUGGUGGCCUGGAGACAUGGGAAGGUCAGCAACCCACACAGUGGUCUUUGCUCAGCUGUACGUCCACGAGAAGUGCUACGGUGUGCACCCCUUCAUCGUGCAGAUACGCAGCCUUCAGGACCAUUCACUCUGCCCAGGCAUAACUGCAGGAGACAUUGGUCCCAAGAUGAAUUUUGAGCACAUUGACAAUGGGUACCUCAUGCUGCAGAAUGUGCGUGUCCCCAGGGAGAACAUGCUGAACAAGUUUUGCGAGGUUCAACCAGAUGGCACCUAUGUAAGAUGGGGAUCACAGAAGAUUAAUUAUUUCACAAUGACUACAGUGCGCAUUUCCCUCAUUUCAGACGAAGUUCUAAUACCUCUCAUGAAAGCUUGCACCAUUGCCAUCCGAUACUCUGCGGUUCGCCGGCAGUCCAAGUUAAAGCCUGGGGAACAAGAAGCAAAAAUCCUUGACUACCAGACCCAGCAAGAGAAAUUGCUGCCCCAGUUGGCAGCAGCCUAUGCCUUUCAUCUCACCAACGACUACCUGCAGGAGCUAUUCAAAAAGGGGUACAGCGAGAUCCAGAAGAACAACUUCGACAGGCUGCCAGAGCUCCACGCACUUUCUUCAGGCUUUAAAGCCACUAUUACUCAGUACUGCACUGCAGCAGUGGAGAUCUGCCUCCGGGCAUGCGGGGGACACGGCUACUCCUUGCUGAGUGGACUCCCUUCCUUGUAUACAAAAAUACUUGCCUCUUGUAUUUAUGAAGGGGAAAACACCAUUUUGCUCCUGCAAACUGCCAGGUUCCUGAUCAAAUGCUUCAUGGCAGCCAGCGCUGGCCAGCCCGUUCCACCAUCUGUCACUUAUCUGGCUGCAGUGAAACCCGGGAAGUGUCCAGCCAAGAACAAGUUGGAUUUUCUCAGUCCAGAUAUUUACACUGAGGCCUAUCAACACAUGGCAUUCAGACUCAUAAGCAGCACAGCAGCGAAACUACAGGACUUGAUUCAGUCAGGAGUCAAAAAGCACGACGCAUGGAACCAGUGCACAGUGCAGCUGGUGCAGGCUGCAAAGGCUCACUGCCACUACAUCACUGUGAAAAACUUUGCAGAAACUGUGGAAAAACUUGAGACCAAGGCUGGCAUCCAGAAGAUUAUGAAACAUCUUUGUGACCUCUUUGCAUUACACGGGAUCUUCUCGAACACAGGAGUCUUCUUGCAUGACGGAUACAUAUCCGGAGCUCAAAUGGACAUGGUCACGGCAUCGUACCUGGACCUCCUGGCUGUCAUUCGGAAGGAUGCUGUGCCAUUAGUGGACGCGUUUGACUUCACAGAUAAGAACCUGAAUUCUGCGCUCGGCAGUUACGACGGGCAGGUUUACCAACGGCUUUACGAGUGGGCUCAGAAGUCACCAACGAACAAGCAGAUGAGCCCAGCCUAUGAGAGGUAUUUGAAGCCACUUCUUCACAACACACUAUCAAAAUUAUGA